AUAUUAUAAAAAACUUAAAAAUCACAAUAAUAAACAGAAGGUUGCAAGUGAGCUGAUAGGCUUUGGGUUCUCUCUCUAUUUAUUUUGCUUCUUUUAUGUUCUUUCCCUUCUCUGUCAAUUACAUUAUGUCCCAUAACUUCCCCUUUUCUAGUUUUGUCGUUUGAAAAAAAAAGAUUUAUUUCUAAGUGAUCUUAAAUUUUUCUUGAUAUAUAGUUUUACUAACUUGUACUUUUCUCCAUUUUGCAAUUGUAGAAUCACGCGUCCCUUUCUUGCCAAAUUCUUCCUCAUCCUACCUCUAAGACUAAAGAGCAUGAACCGUUAGAUGCUAGAAGUUACUCGGCGGGAGCUGCUAAAUGGCAAAUACCCAUCUGGGCCAAGGAUGGAAACGUGGUCGAUCCAUGAAUGAAACCCAGGUCCAGGGUACGAAAACCAGCGAUCCCUACGCCAUCAGAUGGCACUUGAAACGGGCCCAUGGGCCAAAAAGCCGGGCCAGCCCCAGGAUUUCCUUGUCAACUAGAGGCUUCCGGAAUUCUGGCGUUGCUUCGCGCUCCUACACGCAUGGAGAAUAUUAGGAAGAGCGGAAACUGGAAACUUCAAGACCUCUCCUCCUCCUCACUUAUAAAUACUCCAGUAUCCGAUCCCGAACACAUCAUCGAGAAGCCAUUCAACGUCUCCAAGUGAAGAGAUCCAUAGCCAAAUUUCUUGUCGCCAACCGAUAGAGUUUCAUUUAGAAGAAUGUCGAUUGUCAGGCGGAGCAACAUCUUCGACCCCUUCUCCCUCGACGUCUGGGAUCCUUUCCACAGCUUCCCUUUCGACACCUUCCGCGCCCUCGCGGAGUCCCGCCCCAGCUUCGUCAGCGAGACCUCCGCCUUCGCCAACACCCGCAUCGACUGGAAGGAGACCCCGGAGGCCCACAUCUUCAAAGCCGACCUCCCCGGGGUUAAGAAAGAGGAGGUGAAGGUGGAGGUAGAGGAGGGCAGGGUCCUCCAGAUCAGCGGCGAGCGCAGCAAGGAGAAAGAGGAGAAGAACGACAAGUGGCACCGCGUCGAGAGAAGCAGCGGCAAAUUCCUCCGGCGGUUUCGGCUGCCGGAGAAUGCCAAGGUGGACCGGGUGGAGGCGUCCAUGGAGAACGGGGUGCUGACGGUGACCGUGCCGAAAGAAGAGGAGAAGAAGAAGCCCGAGGUGAAAGCCAUCGAAAUCUCUGGCUGAAUUCAUGCAAGAAGCGGUGCAUUCUAGAGGCGUUCGUUGGUGAUGCUGCAGCCUCUUUCUUUCGAGGGAAUAACGAGUAUGUGUCGUUGUAUAAGUGUUUGCAUGUGUUAGCGCGCCUUCUUGUCUCUGAACGUCUGUUGAAGGGUAUCUAAUUUAGUCGUUUGCCGCUUUGCAAUGAAAUAAGAAGAGUCUUUGCGAAUUUACUUGGAUA